AUGGAAAAGAAUCAGAAGAAGGGACAUAAUAGGAAGGGUUUUCAUCUAAAGAAGCAUAAAAAAACUGAUCCAAAACCAACCAACAAAGGAGGGAAUGAGGAGAAACCGGUUCUGUUCCAGUUGGGGAGCAUUGCUAUGGUCAGUGAUGAUCGUCUCAAGGAAGAUCCAGAGAUCACAAACAGCAGACCUGCAUCUCCUUCCUUGUCUUCAUCAUCAUCUUCAGGGAAUGACAAUGCAAAAGAAAGGAAACUAACCGAGUUGCAAAGUUCAUCAGACACACUAGGGUCACAAGUCUCUGGUGUGACUCAUGCAUCAUCAGUGGAGCCUGCGCUUCUUUUGUCUCCUUCUGUUCAGUUGAUGGAUAGAGAAGAAGGAUCUGACCAACCUCAGAGAAACUCUUUACCGAUCAUGGAGAGAAACUUGAGCGCAGUUUCUAAUGAUUCUCUGUUUAGUCUCAGCAUAGGUGAUAACACAAUAUCAAGAGAUGAGUUGUUUAGUUACCGUGAUUUCAAGGCUGGAGAGCUUUUGAAAUCUAGUGAGCUCUUGUCUUUCUGCCCUUCUGUUCAUGUUCCUGCUGACUCUUCUGAUCUUGGUAAGAGCUUUGAUUUGGAGGACAAAGCUAGUGAGUUGUUAUGUAGUGACAGUGAUGAUAAGUCGUCGUCAAAUUCGGAGAUAUCGUGGAGGAACCUUGCAGAUAACUCAGACGAAGCACCAAGCAGCACGCAAUCAGUUUCAACUCCUAUGUGA